UUUCCGGAUUCCAAAACCAACAUGUCUGCGCCCAUUAGAUAGAUGUGUGUAUGUGAACAUUUAUUUUUUUACCGACAAAUAGACACGUUUUAACAGCAACAUGUGUGCGUCAAUUAGUGAAGAGAAGAUGUUAACCCUCCAAAAACAAAUGAGGGAGAGUCAGGCAGACCUGGGCGACUUUCUCCAUGAUAUGGACAAAUGGGAAACUGAAGUAAAGAAGAAGGACGAAGUCCUGAAAAAAGGAAAACCUACAGAGCAAACUAAGCUUCCACCAGUUAGAAAUAGUUUAGAUAAGAAAAAGCGAAAAAAGAAAGGGAAGCCACCAGGAUCCGGAGAGGAUGAGAAAAAAAGAAAGGAGAAGAAAAAGCUCAGUGGCUAUGACUUCAGGGCAUGGGACAAGCUUGAUUAUGAUAAACUUUGUGAAGAGGCAGAUGAUGAGAAACAAUCAGCAGAAUCGUCCGAGUAUGAGACGGAUGAAGAGUGGGAAGUCGAAAGAAAGGAGCAACAAGCUCUUCUUGAAAAGGAUAGGGGUAAUGAGUUCUUUAAGAAGGAAGACUAUGCUAACGCGAUUGAGGCCUACAGUCGAGGGAUGGCCCUGGACGCCUGCAAUCCACUCCUCCCAGCCAACAGGGCCAUGGCACUUCUGAAACAGGAUAAGUUUGCAGCAGCAGAAGCUGACUGUCUGACUGCCUUAACCCUGGACCCCCUAUAUACCAAGGCUCACCUCAGAUUGGGCUCAGCAAGGUUUGGCCUCAGGAAAUACACACAAGCCAAGGAAACAUUUGAAAAGGUUCUUCUGUUGGAACCUCAAAAUAAAAAAGCCAAGUUAGAAAUUGAGAAGAUAGAAAAGGAGAUACUGAAGGAGAAGAUGGUCAGUCAGGUACAGCCAGUGACCUGUCCUGAUGCUGGACUGGUCAUGCCCAUCUCUAAACCUCCACACGAGCGGUCCAAGAAGCGGAUGAGGAGGAUCCACAUUGAGGAAGUAGGAUUAGAGGAGGAUUUGGAAAGGCAGUCGGCCAUUCACAAAGUCAAGGAGGAGCAGAGUGAUGUAAAGAAAACCAUCACAGCUAGGGAUGAUGUCAUGUUUGAAAAGUUUACUUCAAGUAGCCCGUCUUCUAUCAAUGAACAGUCCAGUUUCACUAAACCUGAGUCCACCAGUUCUGACAAAGACAAUAAAAAAGUUAUGAUUGAAGAGUUAACCAACGGUACCAGUGAACUUUCUUUAAACUUAUCAGAAAAAGUGAAGAAAGAGAAAGGUACUUCCAGUAAAUCUCAGAAAACUGCUGACAGUCCAUCUGGGUCACCUAGAGGCUCUGAUGGAGGGAGUGAAUCUGUUUCUCCAAGAAGCUUACAAACUCCACAAACAUCCUUCCAGUUCCAAUCAGAUUACAAAUCAUUAAAAAACGACCUUGAGAAAUUCUACGACUAUGUCAAGGCAAUUGAUCCGAGCAACUAUUUGAAGUUGUUUGGAGAAGCCCUAGAUGCUGAAAUCUUACUGAAGAUGUUAAUUGUAUUCCAACAGUAUUUUUUACGAGAUGGUAUCAUGGUUUAUCCUCAUCUGUGUCAACUUUCCGGUGUUAAGCGAUUUGAUAUGACUGUUAUGUUCUUCUCACGGAAGGAACAACAAGUUAUAAAAGAUUUACUGGAUACUGUUAAGAAAGAAGGACAUGCUUCAGAUGCUGACGUUGAAAAGCUGAGAAAGAAGUACCAAGUUAGCUGACCCACUAGAUCUGCUCUGACUGUUGAUGUAGUGUCUUGAAAAACAGAUCUAGAGUUUACAUCACCCGCACAAUCUGUGAUAACUAGAAAUGUUUAUGUUUCAAGCCUGAGAGAACAAACCAGUUUUCAUUACUUUCACAACAAUAAGUUUCUGUGUUUCAACUAAUUCUUUAAAUAUUUGUUUCAUUGGCUUUUACUUUAUAAAUAGUUUACCACAUUACUUUGCAUCACCAAAUAUAAUUAGCACAAAGACAAAUUGAUUUGUUAUUUUUUUGGUUAAAUUGUGAGGAUUGAAGUUCAUGAUAAACAUGUAAUAACCAACAACUUGAAUCAAGGGGCACUCAGAUUGGAAUAUAAUCCAAUAAAUACUUCUAAAACUGACAAAAUACGUUGUAAUACUGGCACUGUAAGGCCGAUACAAUUGUGACUAUUUAUAGUGGUUUGGCACUACAUACCGGUAUAUAUAGAGGAAAACAUAUAUACAUGGUUGAUUUAGGAAAGAAAAAAAAAUGACCUUGAAAUAAUUAUGUUCAGCAGUGAGUGAGUUGGUGAAUUAAACAAGAGUUUUACAAAUCUCAUCCAAUAUGCUGUCUGUCUAUUCUAGAUGGAUAUUUAUGGAUUUUAUUUUAAGGAUGAUUUCAUUAAAGCAUUUUGAUUGACUGCAUAAUAUCAUGCAAUUUAUACUUUGUGAUAUUAAAAAAAAA